AUGCCAGGGAACAGCCAACCAAGCCAGUGUCCCCUCCUAGGGCCCAGCCUCCUCUUCAUCACCUACCCUGAAGCGAUCGCCAACAUGGUGGGAUCCACCUUCUUUGCCAUCAUUUUCUUCCUGAUGAUGAUCACCCUGGGGCUGGACAGCACGUUUGGAGGCUUGGAGGCCGUGAUCACGGCCGUGAUGGACGAGUACCCCCAGGUCCUGGCAGGGCGACGGGAGCUCUUCGUCCUUGGCCUCAUCACCGUCUGUUUCCUGGGCUCCCUCAGCACCCUCACCUACGGGGGAGCCUACGUGGUGAAGCUGCUGGAGGAGUUUGGUGCUGGCUGCUCCAUCCUGGCAGUGGUGCUCCUGGAAACCAUCGCUGUCUCCUGGUUUUAUGGGAUCCAGAGGUUCUCCCACGAUGUCAAAGCCAUGCUGGGCUUCACCCCGGGGUUCUUCUGGAAGCUGUGCUGGGUCGCCAUCAGCCCGGCCCUGCUGGCA